CGACUACGUCAUGGGAUUUUUCCCUGUCUUUCCGAGAAUUCGAAAGUGCUUCGUUCAGCUCGCUCCGUGAUCUAGGCUCUGCAAAAGAAUCGUGAAGAUUUCACCUUUGUUUUAUACCUGAAUGAAACAUAUCAUGUCAGAACAGAGGAAGAAACUCGACUUUAUCGAAAAUGUAAAGAGAAAAGUUGCUUCAAACCCCAGGCUAUGGUUUAUAGCUUCACACCCUACGCUAUCGAUUAUAUUCUUCUCGUUUCUGGUAACAGCGUUUUUGGUUUCAUUGACUCUUAGUAUUAUUUUGGCAGUUAGGCUUGGACAAGAAUCAUCAGAAACCAAAGGUAGGUGCGGAUACCAUUAAGGGUAAUAGAAGGAACUUUAAAAACUUUAUCUUCCGUCCUGGCUCCUUUGGCUCCGUUUCCGAACUGAACCAACUUACUAGGGAGGGAGCUUUCGCAACGACGUUAGCAACAGCUCUUAAACAAAAACCGUGUGCAACUCUUCACAUGCAACACACUUCUGGUACAACAGAUGAAAUAGUCUAGAAAAACGCUAAUUCAUUUUCAAUGAGUCUUUUUGUUGCAAUCGCCGUGGUUUUCAGCUGAACCAGUGGCGUACCUCAAGGCAGCCUUGUUAAUAGACAAGAAAAAAAAUCGUUUCACCCUCUUUAUUCGUGCAUCCACCAAAAAUUAUUGUUUUGUCCACCAAUAUGGCUGCAUGCUUUGUUGCGUGAUAGAAAAAACCAGCAAUAUGCUUCGCUCAGCAAUUUUUUUUCUUCGCUUAGCAAUUUUUUAGGUGGCUCCCCACCACAGCUGCCCCCGCUCUGUAUAUUAUCGGUCAAUAGUAUUCUUGCUCGUUAAUUGUGUAGCUCUUUGAAAUAUACCGAUUCAUAAUGAAGAUUUUCACACAUAAUCCAUACAAUUGGUGAGAUAAAUACAGGAAACGCAAGGUUCCAUGCACAGUUUCAGUUCGAUUUACACAGCUUUGAUCAAAACAUUCUCAGUCUCGAGAAUAGUUUAUUCUAAACCAUAAGAAAAGAUUUAAUUAGAAGUUGAAUUUUUCCCUAUUUCACUUCGACGUUUUACAUUCAGUUCAUUUCAUUUGCCGGAAAGUAAGCCUUAGAAAUUAAAAGGAUGUUUGAUCAAUUCACGCUCGCGCAUUCUAGUCUUAUUUUAAACUUUAUAGCGGAAGGACAUCUGUGAGCAGGGAAUAAGUCAGCACAGAAUUUGAUUGUCGGUGAAUUUGUGUAAUCGUCCAUCGUUCUUCUAGUGAUAAGCUAACUGUUGCUCACUCGUCUUGCUUGUUUGGGGCUGAGUCUUAGUCCGGUCAAAGAGAGAGAAAGAAUGUCUGGCAAGGUUUCCAAUCAAAGAUUUGUGAACCUCGUGUCUAGCAAACUCUCCAAGUGUUUAUGUAUACAUAGAACAAAGCUUAUAACUUCAUCUGCGCUUAACGAGUGUCUUUUGAUCCAUAACGUUCAAAACAACAGCUCCACAGAAUGUCACUGAUAACACGUAACGAAGUAUGACUGCACAAUAAAUGUCACAAAAUCUACCUAAGCGGUCCCUUCGGGAUUUUCUGUCUUCUGGGCGAAAUCCCUGCGGGGGCAAUAACCCUAACUAUCUAGCAUACGAUACAGAAGGAAAUCUAGUUACUUUGUCUUUGCGAUUUGGUUCACGAAUUUCACCGCUAAGUCUACCUAUGUAAAAAGGCUCCUUUGUCAAGUUUCAUUCGAAAAGUACGAAAGCCAUUGUUAAAGCUGUUCAUUAGUAAUAUAACGGUGAUAUCUCGGCUAUUUGAAAAGGAGAGAUGGCGGAUUCAAUUUUAUACCAAACACUGGAUGUUUUCUUCGAAAUACUUCACCAUUCUAGCCAAAAUUCGAGCCUUGGUGGUCGCUACUCGUGCGGAUGGCGAUCAUCGGAGAUGAAGAUGGUGGUUGUGCAAGGAUGGCGAUAAGCCCUUCAUUUCCUGAUCUGCUGUACCGACUGUUUGCAGAUCUUUAGAUGCAAGCCCACUUCCGGAUACGUUUUCAACCUUGUUCCUCUUUAGGGAUAAUUUCGACGGCGACGUUUUUCUUUAAAAGUGGAUGUUACUAAACCGGGAACGGGGAGCGGGGAGCGGGGAGCGGGGAGCGAGGAGCGGGGAACGGAAGUGUGGGAACGAGUUGUCAGCGGAAACCUCCAUAAAAAUCCAAAAUGGCCGGUAAGGAUCAAGAACCCGGUAAGAUCGAUGAUAGAGAAGCGUCGAAACAACAUUAUUAGUAAAAUAUCGACCUUGUGACCUUAAAGGUCGAUAUUUUACUAAUGAACUAUAUGCUCAUGAGGUGCUUGAAAUAAUACGGAGGUAAUAAUGUCAUGACAUUUUUCACCUUUUUGCGUUUUACUAAACAACAAAAUAUGCUCCAACAGCAGUUGAAAGAAGAUACAUUCGGGACAAAAACUCUCAAAGCACAGCCAUAUUUGGAACUCAAGCGAAUCUAUACUGGGUCUAACUCACAAAGCAAUGAACUACUUUUGCUUGACGCUUUUCGUAGGGUUUUGGCUUAAAUACAUGCUGAAAGAUAACGUAGAUCGAAGCAGCCAGGUGUAUUUCCUCGACAGUAAUAGUGUAGCAGUGAAGCUCCUUCCUAGCUGUAGCGUUUUUUCAAGCCCAAAUUAAAACAUGUUGGCGAUGAGAUAAAACUGUAAGUCUAAUAAUAUUAUAUUUUAUAUUUACAAACCUAUGAUGAGAAGUAAGUGCAAUUGUAUUAUUUGAAAAGAUAAGAUGGAUCAGGCUAUUUAAUACAUCAAUAAAAGGCAACUUUAAACAUAUUAACGGGCAAUGUGCCAGGAACAUCAAUCAUACCUUGGUCUUAAAGAUGUCAGUUGUUUCAAAGCAAAUGGCUAUGCCGUGGUUUUAUUUUAUUAUAUCCUAGGUGUAAAUUUUGCUUCCCUUUGUUUGGGGGUACGGUAAUAUGAAUUUUAUGAUUAUGAGUUCAAAACAAAGAGAAUAAAAUUCAAACUUAGGAUAAAAGUGAACCACAACUGAGCUGCAAUAUUAAGUGUUGCAAGUAUACGUGGGGGAAGUACUUUAAAGUCUUUGGUUGGAAGGUACUUUCUAAAGGCUAGCUGUUAAAAUAUGCAUGGUAAGUAUACUUCCUCUGUUUAGCCCUCUGGAUGCUUUUUUUUUCUAGGGGGACUCCUUUAAUGUUUUUGCAGAGGGGAGCUCUGCCUCUCUUUAAUGAACAUUAUUUUUACUGUGGAGAAAAAUAUUUCAAGCUCAGUGUAAAACUGAAUGUAUCAGUGACUUAAACCAGUUAAUAUUGUCAAGCUGCUUUAUUAACUUGAUUCAGUGAUAUUGCAGUGCACCUACCAUCAAGCAUCACAUCAUCAAUGUUGCAGAGGUUGGCAGCUUAUUAGAAGGUGGUCGAUAAGCCUUCUAGCAAGCUGUCUGUAGUUUUGGAAAUAAAGAGUCUAAGGUCUUACAUAAGUGAUGGGAGGCAAAAGAUUGGAGUGCCGAUAUGUUUUUCAGUAAACACGGGCAACUGUAUGUGUAUAGUGGCCACAUUACGCUUACUCAGUGCAUGUAAAAUAACACAAUAGAUCUUGCUACCCAUUUUCCCUGAUUUUAUUUCCCCUCCAGGGGACAUAAUUUCUUUUAACAUAUCGGGGUUUUCAAAAAAGGGGCAAGAAGCUUUUAAAUGAAUUUUAACUCAUUUAAUGAAGCACAGUACCAAAGAAAUUAAAGAGAAGAAUCAGACUAGAGUAACAGUAACCCAGAGGGGAGUGGGGGGGGUACUCACCAAAGAGGCUCUGCCCCAGGGACCAACCCUUUACCCUUUGUAUGUACCAUUUUAGACAGAAAAGGUACCCCUUUUGUAUACCCUCUAAUGACAAAUGGUACCCCUUUCACAUACCUAAUUUUGAACUCUGCAUCCCUUUUUAACUGCUGUAAAUACACCAUCUUUACAAUAUGAAUAAAUAGCUAAAACAGGUUUUCUUGUCUCUCACAUCCAUAAAAUGCAUCUGUGACUGAUCUCAUUUUGGUCCCUUUCAUAUACUUAAACUAUAAAAACCCCUUCCCUUUCAUGUACUGAAGCCUGAAAAAGGCUUCAGGCUCUGUUUAGGCCAUUAUAGUACCCCCUCCUCCUGCACCGAGACUGACAGUACUUGAUACAGCGAUAUUGUAUGGUAUGAAUUGCACCAAACGUUUCGUGCCCAUGAAGAGGUACUUUGAUUAUUUUACGACAUUUUUCUUCAAAAGGGAGGGGUUUGGGAUCUCAUUCUUAGGGGGGCGGGGGGUUAAUUGAGGCUCUGCAGUGAGUGAGAGUGUGUGCAUUCAAUGCAAUCCAAUGGUUUUGAUUCAGGAAAGGGUCGUCAGGGGUAUUUUGCAGAAAGACAAAUGGCCAGUGUACGACUUUGAAGCAGUUACUGAUUAGGGUGAGGAAAAUGAGUGAAUUAGGUUCCAUUAGGGUCAUUAUACUGGGCAAACUGACCUGAAACAAAUUGUUUUACAAAAUAAUAAAAUGAUAUUAUUUUAUUUUCAUGGAUCAGUGAAACACUUCAAUAUCGUGAAUGCUUGCAGUGUAGUGGAUCUAAUAAUAUUAAAAGCAGAACCAGAUUGUUAAAGUAGUCUUACUAAUUAUGUGAUGACGUGGUCAAUAACAUUUUUCAAAGCAGUCAUCUCUAUCAAAGGAAAUAGAAGAAGUCUGCACACAAGCUACUUGACUACUUCAAUGUAUGUUAUCUAUCAUGGAAAAGUAGUUUAUUGCUUUGUGGGCUAGACUCAGUAUAGAUUCGCUUGAGUUCCAAAUAUGGCUGUACAUGUGCUUUGAGACUUUUUGUCCCGAUUGGCUUCUUUCAACUGCUGUUGGAGCAUAUUUUGUUUCCUACGAAUAAUUGUUUAGUAAAACGCAAAAAGGUGAAAAACGUCAUGAACUUAUUACCUCCGUAUUAUUUCAAGCACCUCAUGAGCAUAUAGUUCAAGAAAAAUAACGCCGUUGUCGGUUAAGUUUGUUUCGACGGUUCUCUAUCAUCGAUCAUCGGCCAUAUUGGAUUUUUAUGGAGGUUUCCGCUGACAACUCGUUCCCAGACUUCCGUUCCCCGUUCCCCGCUCCCCGCUCCCCGCUCCCCGCUCCCCGUUCCCCGUUUUAGUAACAUCCUUUAAAAGCCUGCGGUAAAAGAUGGCGCCGAUCAAAGUACAUCACGUCCUGAGCUGCACGUACAAGACCGUAGUUCUCGACGGAUAACCUACUGUUGCUUUCGUCAAUGGUCAAUCUACACUGAAUCUAUGACUCAAAAAUUAUUUUUCGUUGUGCAAAAACAUUUUCUAGUGCACCUUAUGCGUUAAAGAACUUUUGAAAAGGAAAAAAUACAAGGAUGUUGGUUCGUCGAUGGAAAGGUUCCUUCGAUCAGAAUGCAAGUUAAGUAGGAAACCUUUCUUCUGAUAAGUUUUUCAAACAAUGUGAUAGAGUCGGCAAAACAAAAAAAAAAUUUACUUACUGUUAUCUUGCCUUAAAGCCACUUCUAUAAUUUCUUAAUCAAAUCAAACGUAAGAGAAAUGAAGUGACUGAGAAACGCCGCCGGUGAAGACAUUCUUCAGUGAUUGUUCGGGACUUGGCUAGAUCUUUCAGAUCUUUUCACUGACCGUGAACCAAAGGCCAGAAACAAUAACAUUGCUUCCUUUAGGGUUAGUGUACUUAUUUCUUUGUUUCUUUGUAAAGUUUCCAUUCACCAUUUACUUCUACUGUUUUACGUUUGUCUACUUUUGAAGAGAAAGAAUUCAUAUCUUUGGAAAAUUUCUGCUUCGUUUUUACAUACAAUUCAGGCUCUUAUGGAGAUCGAUAGUGACUUUGUAACCGGUGUAAUUACUGGGCUGCCUGUGCGGCCCAGUCAUAAAAUGGGCUUUCGGUCGUCUGCGGCGAAAAACGGCCUCCCGGGGGAGGGAAGCCACGAGGGUCUGGUACCGAGAAACGAUGUUCUCACAAAUGGUUUCAUAUGAUUUUCUCUUGCACGAACCCUUGCACGGAUACUUUUUGUACCUCGUCUGCGCUCCCCCUGAAAAACCCACAAAGCGUUGCGGACCUGAAGAAGGCUAUUUGCGUUACGCUACGUCAUAACCAAAUUUUAUCGGAUGGAUAGUUUACCAAAUUUUCUUACCCAUGGUGCUCCGCUGGCGCGCUUCGCGCGCGAGAGCUCCGCUAUAAAUGAACCAUAGGGUUUUAACUAAUAUAAGGGACAAUUAUUGUGCAUUGAGAUGAAUCGCUUGAAAAGAGAGACUUCGCUUGAAGAUAUGAUCAGAAGUAAACAAAGGCAUAAUAGUGCGUCACGUUCAGUCUUUUUAAUAUCCAAGGAGUCACUGUGAAUAGUGUUUCCAUAUUGUUUAGCUGGCACAUAAACUUCGGACGAGUUAUAAAGCGGCAUAGUUAUCUUCCAUGAAGAAAAGUUCGUCUUGGGUGAGACAAACAGAACUGGAGCGAAUUUUUAACUCGCAUCGGUAUCAGGUAAAAAAUAUGUUAUCGAUCGUUUCAUCUAUUUACAUUGUUUGAAGUGCGUGCUGGUGAACGCAAUAUGCGAGCGAGAAAUCUUUAAACUUUUUUAGGUCUCAAAAUGCAAAGGAUUUUAUUCCUUUAAGUUAGAGAAAAAUACCAUGAGGAAAAUCUUAAAACUGAAUAUUUUUCAUCUUGUGGAAAAAAUAGUGCGUUUUCUUGUAGACUGUGGACGGCAAAUUAGGAUAGCACUUUUCACAAACAUGCGAAUUCUGAAGUUCAGAAGCCAACCGACGAUUGCGUUUUUCGCAGCUGUCAAUCAUCUUAACGGACCUCUUAGGAAACAAAACUUUACUUCAAGGGUUCAAAAGGUCAUGGUUUGUGAUUUGUGGAUUUCGAUCCGUUUUGUGUGUUUCUCUGUUUCAAGGUUCGUUGCUUGUGAUUGUAAUUAUGAUUGACGGCAGCGAUAAACACAAUUGUGAAGGUGGCUUUUGAACUUUAGAGUUCGCAUGUUUGUGAAAAGCGCAGUAAAGUCUCCGUGCAGUCAGUGAGGCCCCUGGAUCAGGCGGGAUCAAUGGGCAGUUAACUGUCUGUUUUAGUAUACUUCUGGCUUUCAUACAAUACAAUAUUUCUGUCUAGUGUAAAUCAGCUCAGUCUGUCGCAUUUUAUGCUCGUAGAACGACAACAAUUUUUGGAAUUUCCAGUUACGUCAAAUUAGUCACGUUAUACUGUCACACUAUAUUUUGGGGCACAGAGGGAUUGGGGGAGGGGUACGUGGAAAUAAUGCAAAUUGUUUCCUGCUUAGAAUUAAUGGCUAACUUGUUUAUUUUUAUUCAUUAUGGUGGAAUUUAAAAGUUAAUAUACAGCCCCCACUUAAAAAUGGUACUCUUUUUUUUGGUUACGAAAGUCUUUCAAAAGGGUACAAUGUUCUGUAUGAGUUUAUGUUUCAGUCUCACAUGAGGUUCUGUCGCAUGCAAUGGUUGCCGACAAGGUUUUAUGGUAACCUGAGUGUGUAUAGCCGCCCCCUCCCUUCAGGAAAAAUAGUUCCUUUGCAGCCCAGUUAAAGGGAACCUCCACUCUUACUACAGAAUAAGUUUAAAUCGAAUAAAAUUAUGUUGAUAAACAUAUUUGUUCGAAAUUUGUCUUAAAAAAAGUUUUUAUAUCAGGAAAAGUGAAUUUUAAAAUCGCUUAUUUUCACUUUCAAAUUUCGCGGGCGCCGCCAUCUUGAAUAAUUGUGACGUGUUACGGUUGCUCUAUUGUUCUGACACAAAGAGCUUUUGUUUAAUAACAAUAGGGCAACCAUUACACGUCACAAUUAUCCAAGAUAGCGACGCCCGCAAAAUUUGAAAACAAAAAUAGGCGAAUCUAAAAGUUAUUUCUUUCGGAUACAAACGCUUUCUUAAAAAAUAUUUUAGAUUGACUUGACUGUAACAGUUAUUUCCUGUGAUUUAAAGUUAUCUUUUUGUUGAAGUGGAGGUUCCCUUUAAAAAUCGCCUUUCGGCGAUUCUUGUUUAACAUUGUCUCCUCUCAUGAAUGUUUGACCUACACUAACCAAACUUUUUGCACAAUUAGCUUCAACAGAAAGUUAAUAAAGGUUUUUGGGAGGAAUAUUUCGAAACAAAGAGGCCAUAUUUGUUUUAUUUUUGUUUGGACGUCGCGCGGAUUUUAAAGCUCGCGCCAUACUAGUGCUCAGGCUGCGCACGGCCAAUUUACUCUAGGGAGCCACCUUAACUAUGAUUGUACAUAUUUAGCAAGCACAUUAGGGUUCACCUAAAAAGUGAUAUUAUGUAUAUUGUUUUUCAUUUAUGUUACGAAAAAUGAACAGACUUACCAACAACUCCAAGGAUUUUCUAGAUCAAACGACAAUUACAGACAAGUAUGCCAUAUUGAAACUGUAAUCUGCUAACUGAUUCUGGCCAUUUGUUUCAUACAAGGCCGCUUGCGCUUACAAUACAAUAAUUACAGAGCCUUUUAAAUUGCGGGAUAUCGUGUAAAUGUACUCCAGACCUGUAUUUUGCUAUAAAACCUCCAAACUGUUAUAAGCUUAAACUUAUACUUAUUUCUUGAUCCUCUGGCUCUCCAUAGUUGACCCGGAGGACUUGCGAAAUUUGUUCCCCACUCGAUUUGUUUGCAGCCCACGAUGUGAUGCCAAUGCUGUUUGUACAACAGACCCAACGAACAGGGAUCGUCAUGUCUGUGUCUGUAACAAUGGAUUUGAAGGGAACGGUUCUUUGUGCCAAGGUAACAGCUCAGAUUUUGCCGGGCCAAAUUCAGCCUAGGGAUCGAGUUCAGUUCAACCUAUUAAGCAAGGCAGUAGCACGACGUUUAAAACCUUUGUCACACGGUAAACACCCGCGAAUAAGAACCUAGUGGAUUAAGAACCUCCUGGAGGAAAUUUGCAGUUUACCCCAAAAUGCAAGAACCUGUUUAGCCAAGAAAGAUCAAGCAGGUUCUUAUAUGUGGGUUACAAUUAAAUUAUGAUAAACAAUUUAACAAAGGAGCGUAACUUUAAGAUAGAAAAGUAUAUCAAGAACAUACUGAACCAAACUGCAUGUAUACAAAUUCGGUAAUCAAUUGUGAAUAAAUACAGACUGUAUUUUCAAGGACCAAACCCAAACUGAUUAUUUUUCUGGUGAUCAACAAUCUGUUAUCUCCUUCAGAAACAUAAAAAAUCUAAUUAAGAAUCUACUUAUCCUAAAUUGCCAAUAAUUACCCAAAAAUUCAAGAAGCUAUUUUGUCAAACUCCACUUAAGUCAUUUCUUAUUUACGGGUGUCUACUGUACUUCACGGCAGUAGCAAGACCCAACGUCGUGUUCAAGAUAUUAGAACUGUGUCAGUUGAGAUGUUUUUACAGCAUCUACUCUCUGACACGUAAUGUACGUUUUUAAUUUUGACAAAUUUCUGGGGAUUUCGGGAUGUUUUAUAUGUUAUGUGUUCAAAGUGGCCGCCAGAAAAACGGGUAUGAAGAUUUUGGAACAUUUUUGUUCAAAAUAUUCUUUGCCUUAGACCCGGGAAGAAGACUGCUUGUUCAUUGAAAUUUGAGAUGGACUCUCAAAAGCUAAAAUCUUAAUUUCACAGCUGAACUCGGGUGGAAAAGAUAAAGCUGUAGGGGAGAUGCAAAAUAUCUAAGCGAUUUAUAGUCAGAGAGUGCAGAAGAUUGAAACACUUAAGCUAAAAAGUACUUACGCAAAUACGCACAUAGGGGCACAAGGGUAACUAUAGUGAAGGAAAGGGCAUUUUUUCUGAUAUCGGGACAGUUUAACUAGGCUUAUUUUCAACUUGAAUUUCCGGCAGACAUAGAUGAGUGCUUCUCCGAAGAACUGCAUCCCUGCCCCUUAAACGCACAAUGUGUGAACGUCAUGGGCACCUUCAACUGUACUUGUCUCCCUGGUUACGAAGGAGAUGGGCACUCAUGCACAGAUGUCAAUGAGUGCAGCAUAAGCAAACAUAACUGUAGCACUGAUUCCUUGUGCAAUAACACUAUUGGCUCUUAUACUUGCACGUGCCUUGACGGCUUUCAAGGUAAUGGCUUUUCAUGUAAAGACGUAGACGAGUGUAAAACAGACGUUCAUGAUUGCAGCCCCCAUGCAUCCUGCACUAAUGCAAUUGGUGGUCACAACUGCUCUUGUCUGCCAGGUUUCCAAGGUGAUGGGCGGACCUGUCAAGAUGUUGAUGAGUGCAAAGCCUUGAGCCAUAACUGCAGUAUUCAUGCAUCGUGUAUAAACACACUUGGUGGAUAUGAAUGCAAAUGCCGAGACGGAUUUGAAGGCACCGGAUUUGAAUGUAUAGACAAGGAUGAAUGUGAGAUGAAAACCCACAAUUGUAGCCGUCAUGCAAACUGCAGAAACAACGUCGGUGCAUAUAACUGUAGUUGUCAUGAUGGUUAUGAAGGCAAUGGAUGGUCUUGCACAGACGUAGACGAAUGCAUGACUAAAACACAUAACUGCAGUAUAAACGCAUUCUGCACAAACAAUAUCGGUUCAUAUAACUGCACUUGUCAUGAUGGUUAUGAAGGCAACGGAUGGUCUUGCACAGACGUAGACGAAUGCAAUACUAAAACACAUAACUGCAGUAUAAAUGCAUUCUGCACAAACAAUAUCGGUUCAUAUAACUGCACUUGUCAUGAUGGUUAUGAAGGCAGUGGAUGGUCUUGCACAGACGUAGACGAAUGCAAGACAAAAACACAUCGGUGCAGUAUAAACGCAUUCUGCACAAACAAUAUCGGUUCAUAUAACUGCACUUGUCAUGAUGGUUAUGAAGGCAAUGGAUGGUCUUGCACAGACGUAGACGAAUGCAAGACUAAAACACAUGACUGCAGUAUAAAUGCAUUCUGCACAAAUAAUGUCGGUUCAUAUAACUGCACUUGUCAUGAUGGUUAUGAAGGCAAUGGAUGGUCUUGCACAGACGUAGACGAAUGCAAGACCAAAACACAUCACUGCAGUAUAAAUGCAUUCUGCACAAACAAUAUCGGUUCCUACAAUUGUAGUUGCCGUGGAGGAUUUAAAGGUGAUGGACGAGCGUGCAGAGACAUUGAUGAGUGCAAAAUGCAGACACACAAUUGCAGUAUCUAUGCAUCCUGUACGAACAGCAUCGGUGCAUUCAGAUGCAAGUGCUUUGAUGGAUAUGAAGGUAAUGGAUGGGAAUGCACUGACAUCGAUGAGUGUAGGAUUGGAACUGACAACUGUCACUCUAGUGCUAGUUGUGUGAACAAGCCAGGUUCGUACAGUUGCUUCUGCAAAAGAGGGUACACGGGGAAUGGACGGUACUGCACAGGUAAGCAGUCUCCAGUGUAAUACCAAACUAUAGAAGCAAAGCUCAACAUUGAACCCGGCGUGUCCAAGCGGUGAAAUUCGACAAUUGAUAAAAUCGAUCGUAAUCGAUAGUAAUACUGAAUCGAGUGAUAUCGGAAAUGGAUUAAAAAAUCAGAGAUCGAAAGAGUUGAUUAUCGAUUUUUAUUAAUUUUCAUCGAUCAUAUCGAUUGUCAAUGGUAAUCGUUUGACCAUAAUUUCAGAAACGUUUGAGCUAUGCAUUAGAAAUUGAAAGUAUUACCGGUUGUAAUUUUUCACUUCCUAAAAGGAAAUCUUUCGUUCCAUAGCUGUUUUUCUUCUAGCCGUUUUUAGCCGUUUUUAGUCAAAAGUCGUCACGCAACGCUCCUCCCCAGUUUGUGGGGAGGAGCGUUGCGUGACUACUCUAACGGCUGUGUAGCAGACUAUUUUUCUUCUAAAUGUGUCGAAAAUACGAAAAAAAAUGAUUGAAAGUGUGUUGAAAACUCUCUUCGAAAAGUCUGAUCAUUUGAAACUCGAGAUGCGUGGACAAAAAAUAACUAAAUAGCCCCCUAUGACGUAAAUUUGUUGAACAACGUUUCUAGAAAGUACCGACUCCUACAAAUAACAAGAGGUCCGGCCACUUUCCCCGCUUUUAUGCGACGUAAACUAAAACUGUACAACAGAAAUUCAUAAACUGGUGUCUAGCGCUCUUUAAAAUCCAUAAGAAUUGAUACAAUUAAGAGGACCUGCAUUGUGAGUAUCGAUUUUCAUCGAUUGAAGAAACCAAUCAAUAUUAAUCAACUAAAUUUUUAUCGAUUUCACCGAUUAUAUUGAUUGGUUUCCGAUGAUUGAUUUUCAUCGAUUGGGCACGCCGGGCAUUGAAUUAGUACACCCUCAAGCUUUCUCAUGACAGGUCUAACAUGAAAUAUCGAAGAUUUCAACUCUUGUACACGGUUGUUUUGAUAUCUUAAAACGCCUAAAAUGGCAAUAGACAAAUCUGACUACACAGGAAGCUGUCACCCGUUUUCGGGUCUUCCUGUUAUACUGACAGAGAGCUCAGUUUUGGUUGAUCUUUAAAAUUUCUGGGAGAAAGGUUCAUCUUUCUGGGAAUUUGGACUCCCUAACUGAGCGUGAGUUAAAGGCCUUUGACUAGAGCUCUUAAGAAUGGCAUCGUCUUAUAACGACUUCACCGUAUUAUUAUUUGGUCUUUAGAUAUAAAUGAGUGCCAACCCAUGAAGACAAAGUGCAGUCCAAAUGCGCGAUGCAUCAAUAACCAAGGAUCUUACAGUUGUAAGUGCCUGGACGGAUACCAAGGCGAUGGCGAAACGUGCUAUGAUGAGGACGAGUGUAGUCGAAAUCCUUGCAACCCGAACGCAGUUUGCAGAAAUACAGACGGCUCGUACACCUGCUGCUGUAAAACCGGUUUUCGAGGAGACGGAAAGUGGUGUGAUGACUAUAACGAGUGCCUAGCGGGUAUUUAUGACUGUCACAAAAAAGCCGUCUGUGUAAAUACAUGGGGAUCGUAUCGCUGUUCCUGUUCCAAAGGGUAUCAUGGAGAUGGCCACGUCUGUAAAGGUGAGGGAUUCGGUCAUAUCCGACAAAGUAUAGCUCUUGGAAAUGGAGGGGUCUCCUACGAAUUCUUGGUAGAGCUUUGCCACCCGAUUCUUUAAAUCCUGACCCUAUUUCAGACCGAAACAUCAUUUUGCACACCCGUUUUCAGACAUGAUUAGUUUGUGAACCGAUUAUGGCGUUUAAGUAAAAUCACGAGGGCUUUUGCAGAAGACAGACACUGGCUGCUCUUCUCCUUUAAAAUGCUCUUGGAGCUGAAAAGAGAAAUGCUUUAUAUGCCCCCCUGGUUCCCUUGCGGCGCUUGCUCGAGCACGCAGAGCUCCGCUCUUACUAAGGUAAGGAAGUGGCCCCAUUCCCCGAGCUUCGUUUAUAGGGGUCGAACUCCAGUCAUUACUAGUAAUACUCGGAUAAAAAUUCACGCUAUUUCCCAGAUAAAACAAUUUUAAUUUUUAAGGCACGUCCGGCUUUACUAAUACUGGCGAGUGUUGAAUAUAAAAGGUAUAUUUUUUUAGUCUUCCUUGAAAGAACUUACAAAAGUAUAAGUCCAAUUACGGUUCGUGAAAGUAUUCAGGCUAGCUGGUCAACUUCACGUCAAAAACUGACAAGGCUUUAUAGUACAUUCUUGUUUUUUGCUGACACUAACCAACAACCAAAAUCAGCAAAACCGGGUGUUGGGUAUGGUUGAUGGAGCUUAACAGCCAAAAUAAGCAAAAUUAGGUGUUGGGUGUGCUUGACGAGGCUUUAAAUGUUUACAUGACCUACACCUUAACCCUUAAUAACGACGGAACAUCUUUUUUUUCUUUUCCCAGUUUCUUCUUCCAGCAGCAUAAUACCGACAAGAUUUCUUUUUGUCGUCAUGCUUACCGUUUCUUAUGUGAUGUUAACUUGAGGACGAGGGCGGCGAUUCUGAAACAAUUCUACACGUUUUAUGAUUGAUACUGAGCCUCGACUCAUGUCAUUCACAAAGGAUUUUUCUAGUCCAGUGCAGGAGAAAGGGUUUGGAAUCGGCCUAAAUAGAGUAAAGUUUCGUUUUCAGAAAUCGGUAGCAAAUCGCGUGCUAAGACUUUAUUACUAUUGGCCACACAAAUCGAAGAAAAACAAUGAAAAUGGUUAGUUUUUUGCUAACGUAAAACUAUUUUUGUCAAAAAGUAUGUAUCCACAAAAUCAUCUAAAACUUUGACAAUCUUACCACUAAAGUUAGAGUCUAGAACUCUGAGCUGGUAGCGAAGCGUGGUAACGAAAACGGGUUCUUUACGACAUAAGAUAAGAAACCUGUUGCCUCCAACGCGCUGGGGCAGUGGUUACAAUUUAAGAAAACAGUGCAAUUUCAAGUAGCCAAUUUGAAAACCCAGUUGGGCAAGUAACUCCUUCAUAUACGCCAGAUCUGCCUUUUGUAAAGUAUUUGUAAAUAUUUUUAAUUCUACUUUUAUUAUUCAUAGACUAUUACUAUAUUUUUUUGGUGUAUUAUUAUCAUAGUUUUAUUACGGUAUUGUAAAACUACAUAUUUCAUGCAGUUUCAGCUUGUGUGAUCAUGUCCGUAAUUUUCAUGACCGCUCUGUUUUACAAAGCAUUGAUACUACAAGGAGAAAUUGGAUGCUGAUCACUCUUAGGGCUUAAAGGGUUAAAGGGGAUAUGUCACGCUACUUCCUAUUUCUUUGAAAAGCUAAAAUUUGUCUUGAAACUCCGAGUUACAACAGUUUUCAUCCUUCGCAUUUGGAUGUUGUGUAUAUUUUAUCAUGCAUUAAGCACCAAGGAUUAGUGAAAGAAUCUGUUUAUCGUUUGUCAAUUUUACUAUUAAGAUGUAAAUUGAAUGUGUUCAAGAUUCAAACAACUUAUUUAUUAUUAUAAGUUUUAUAUGACUCACUAUGCUAGUAGGCAAAUUAGGUAAUAGUACUGGAAGAUGAAUACAAUGUGUUUAAAAGAGUAGUAAAAAGUACUAUAUAAUUUGCGACAAAGAAAAAAAGAUAAAGUCUAUGAAACCAACUGACUCCUGUUAAACCUCUCAGUAAUCAUGCAAAAAGAACAUUGACAUGGUGCUCGGAGAACAACUUCGUAGGUACGAUCUAAUCCACUGGGCCCGGUUCCUGAAAGGCCGAUUGGCACUAAUCUGGGAUUGAAAUUUUGUUUCACUUUUCGUAUUUACCUUCCUAUGCAUUGCCUAGAGUAACAUUUUGUGUGUGGAAGUAAAGGCACAACAGUAUUUUGUAGGCUCGAGGAUCAUGUUCUUGGACAAGAAAACCUUGCUUAAAAUUGGCUUAAUCCUGGGUUAAACUCAACAAUCUUUCCAGGAACCGCGCCCUGAGCUGCAUGCAAGUCAAGAUCAAACCAGUUUGUUGUUGUUGUUGUUGUUUUUAAUUUUAUCAAUACGCUGUGCUUGUCAACCGCAUCAAAUGGGCUUUCUUUAGAUCUAGGAAAAGUACACUAUUAAUUACCUCAUUAUCAAUAUUUAAGUACCAGUUCUUAGUAGCUUCAAGGAAGCAAUAAAAGUAAAAUGUAUCGGUCUAAAAUCAUGCAGAGUAUCCGCCACUAAAUUAUUGCGAAUCAGGUAUUCAUAAAGUAGAUCAAAAAAUAAGGCUGGCUAUGUCCACGCGUUUAGGGCUUCUGUUCCCACGCAUGAACGGUUGUGGUGGCGCAGUUUCUGUGACGAGUGACACUGCGCUACGCCGAUCUCAAAAGCGGACCGUCACAUAUCGGACAGGUUUUGUACCCUACUUUGGUGCAGAGCGAAUACUAUUCAGCCCGUCGUGGAAGUAAAUACGUAGGAGCCAAGAACGGAACCCACUGAGACGGAAGUAAAUAUUCACGAGUGAGGACUGGAAUUUAGUGCACCAAUCCCUCUCGGCCAAACGCAACGGCUCGAUGUUCGAUGUGUGUCAACGACUUGUGUCGUCCCGGGCCGUGUCUCUUUAUACAGUAUACCGGAUAGGCUUUCGUGCCGCCAAGAAAACCUAUCCAGCAUAAGGGCCUAUAACUUGUCUUCAGUUAUAUUAAAUUUCGAACAUUUUUGUAGUUUAAAGAAUUUUUGCGAAGAAAUAAAAGUUA